UCAUGACUUGGGAGGAGGAGGCCUACCAGCCACUCCCCUACUAACCUUUUUUCUCACCAACUCGCUUCUAGAAAAACUCCCUCCCAAACGCCUGCCCCUUCCGGCCCUUUCAGCCGGAGUCAAACGCCUAUAAAUCCCCAUCCCCGUUCCGAGGGGGGAGCUUACGCUGCACGCAUAGAAGGGGAGAAAGAAAGCACACAGAAGAGAGUCAUGGGGAGGUCUCCAUGCUGCGAGAAAGCCCACACCAACAAGGGGGCAUGGACUAAGGAGGAGGAUGAGCGCCUCAUCGCCCACAUCCGUGUCCAUGGCGAGGGCUGCUGGCGCUCGCUCCCCAAGGCGGCUGGCCUCCUCCGGUGCGGCAAGAGCUGCCGCCUCCGAUGGAUCAACUACCUCCGUCCUGACCUCAAGCGGGGGAACUUCACCGAAGAGGAAGACGAGCUCAUCAUUAAGCUCCAUAGCCUCCUUGGUAACAAAUGGUCCUUGAUAGCUGGAAGGCUGCCGGGGAGGACAGACAACGAGAUAAAGAACCACUGGAAUACGCAUAUCAAAAGGAAGCUUUUGAAUAGAGGAGUAGACCCCGCAACCCACCGGCCGAUCAACGAGCAUGCUUCCAACGUGACCAUCUCCUUCGAGAGGAGAGAGGAGAAGGGUAGUGCUGCGGUUCGACAUGAGGAGAGGAGUAGUAGUGAGGAGUCAUCGGCAUGGCCGCGGGGGCGGCUGCAGCAGCAGCAGCUGAAGUGUCCAGACCUUAAUUUAGAGCUUUGUAUAGGCCCUCCCCUGCAACAAGAGUCAUUGGAGCCUGUGAAGAGGGAGGGGACGACCCUUUGUUUCAGCUGCAGCUUGGGGUCGCAGAAGAGCAACGAGUGCAAGUGUAAUGGCUUCCUUUGCCUCAGCACUGGAGUGCUCGAUUACAGAAGCCUUCAGAUGAAUUAAUAGAGCAAGGAGCACUUCAGAAUUCUAAACUUUAGAGGUUAGGGGCCGGUAUGAAGAGCUUGCAUCUUUGAGGGACUCUUUAAUUUUCUCUUCUUUCUAUUAUGUAUAAUUAUUACAACAUAUAAUACUAGAUGCCUCUGAUUAUUCAUAACAA